AUGGCUGGUUCAAAAACUUUGCCUUUUGAUCUGACAAACAUCGCGGCGCCGAUGGUCGACCAGUCGGAUUUACCAUUCCGUGCACUGGUGCUCGCACACGGCGCCACCCUCGCCUACACACAGAUGUUGUAUCCUACUCGACUCAUAGCAGAUCCGGAGUACCUCGCCUUCCACCGCCAAGACCUCUCACAGUCUCCUCGACCUGUAGUUGUACAGCUCUGUGGUAAUGACCCCGAUACUAUUCUACGAGGAGCCCUCGCCAUAGCCGACCUCUGCGACGGUAUAGAUCUGAAUUUGGGGUGUCCGCAAGAACAUGCGCGAGAAGGCCACUACGGCGCCUAUCUACUCGGUCAGAAGGACUGGCCUUUGCUCGAGAAGAUCGUUAGCACGCUAGCUGACGGCCUCAGUAUUCCUGUCCUCGUCAAACUGCGGCUAUGUACGCCGGCGAGCAGCACCGUCACCCUCGCGCAGCGCCUCGUGAAAGCGGGCGCUUCGGUGGUCGCUUUGCAUGCACGCCAUGUGUCGGCGCGUCGGCGACGACAGGGUCCAGCGCAACUGGAAGUUGUGCGGGUACUCGCACAAGAGCUCGACGUACCCGUCAUCAGUAAUGGCAAUGUGCUCACGCCUGAGGAUGUUGCCGCCAAUAGAGAAUAUACCGGCGCAGCGGGGAUUAUGGUGGGGGAGACGUUACUCGGAAAUCCAUGCCUAUUCGAGGGUGUCCUAGCGGAUCCGGUGGACGUAUCGCUGGAAUACCUUGCGUUAUGCCGCAGGUAUCCGGGAAUUGCAAGCCUGAAGCCCAUGCGCGCGCAUAUUAAGAACUUUGUCUCUUUUCAAUGCGACCGAAGGCCCUGGUACCGUGCCUUCUCCGCGUCACUGGCUGAAUGUAACUCGCUUGGAGAUCUCGAAACUAUGGUGCAAGGCCGUCUGCGCGAGUGGUGCCACACACCGCGGGAGCCGGUCAACCGCACUAAGAUCACUUCGGCAGAGACGCAGGAGCUCGACCUCGGGCACAUAUUCGGGUUAUCGCAAUACCCCACGUAG